AUGGACUCGGCGACUGCAGCGAAUGCCAUCGCCAAGAGGGCUCACUACUCCCCUCCCUGGGCUGAUGUCUCUCUUGUCGGCAUAGCUGGUAGCUCCGGCUCGGGAAAGUCGACCUUGUCCAGGGCCAUCGUCAACAAGCUGAACCUGCCAUGGGUUGUGAUAUUGUCCAUGGACUCUUUCUAUAAGAGCUUGGAUGCGGACUCAUCCAGGAGGGCCUUCUUGAAUGAGUAUGACUUCGACUCUCCAGAUUGGAAUGUCUGCGAGAUCUCAAAGCUGGGUGGGUCUCAUCAGCGUCCCAGAAAUCUUGAGAACUGGUCACUAAGACUUAUGGAUCAUGACAGAAAACGCGCCGAGAUCCCCAUUUACUCAUUUGAGAAGCACGCGCGAGUAGACAAGACGACCGCCAUUUACUCGCCGCACGUUCUGGUAGUGGAGGGGAUAUUCGCAUUACAUGACCCGAGGGUCCUAGAUCUACUAGAUAUGAAGAUAUACUGCGAGGCGGAUGCGGACACCUGUCUCUCAAGGAGAAUACUACGUGAUGUCGAGUGCCGAGGCAGAACCGUCGAAGGUGUGAUCAAGCAGUGGUUCAUGUGGGUGAAGCCAAACUUUGAGAAUUACGUCGACCCGCAGCGGAAGAAUGCAGACGUUAUUGUGCCAACGCGGGUUGAGAACAUGGUCGCCAUCGACAUGGUCGUCCAGUCCAUCCAACAAAAGCUCGUUGAAAAGUCCAGACACCAUCGAGCCGCGCUUCAGCAGCUCGAGCUUCAAGCUCAGUCGGAACCCCUUAGCAAGAAGGUGGUGAUCCUGAAGGCGACAGCUCAGCUGAAAGGCAUGAACACGAUUAUAAGGGACAUUGACACAUCCCCAGAGGACUUCAUAUUCUACUUUGACCGAUUAGCCACCCUCGUAGUUGAGCAAGCAAUGAACAAUGUGCGUUUCGCAUCCACGACCGUGGAAACGCCGCAAGGGUACCACUAUCGGGGUCUCGCCCCAGAAGGAGAGGUAUCAGCAGUGGUGCUGCUCCGAGGCGGCGCAGCUUUAGAAACAGGCCUCAAGCGCGUGAUCCCAGACUGCAAAUCGGGCCGGAUCCUCAUACAAUCGAGCAUACGGACAGGCGAGCCAGAGCUGCACUACAGUCAGCUGCCCAAGGACAUCAGGACACAUGAGAGCGUGCUCUUGCUCGACGCGCAAAUGUCGUCUGGCGGGUCCGCUCUGAUGGCGGUCCAGGUCCUCGUUGACCAUGGCGUAGCUCAAGACAGGAUCGUGUUUGCUACGUAUUCAGCAGGCCGCAUGGGACUACACCGACUGACGUCGGUGUUUCCCGACAUUACAGUUGUCGUCUGUAACAUGAUUCCCGACAUCGAAGAUAGAUGGGUGGAGAAGAGGUAUUUCAGAUGCUGA